AUGGACUUUGGCCUUCUCGAUGAAAAACUUAGAGGAAAAACCGAAGUAGGCCUGUUAUCCACUGAGGAGUACAAGCACAUGCUGAGGGAUGUCUAUGACCAUAUAAAAGGAAGACACCCGCAUGUAGAUACAUUUCUACUCAACGGAGAGGGUAUUCUUUGUCCUCUGAAGACCAAAUCCUUUGAGUUUUUUGUUCUUCUUGGAGUUUGCUGUCCUCUUCAUCCUUUCGAAGACUUUAUAAGCAUCUCAUGCUGUAUGUCUCAAGAAGACAUGAACCGCCUGGAAGGAAAGCAGGAAAACAUAGUAUGUGACUCGGUCUACGGAGGAUAUUCCUCAAAGAGCGAGGAUGAGAUAGAUAGCAACACCUUCGUGGUAACAAAGAGCCAAAUGUUCUACGACUACUAUUUCUACAAAUACGAUGCAAAAUCUUUCUAUGAGCUGGAAAAGCGAGAUAGAAUGCAGUACCUUUCGUCGAAAUGCAACAAGGGAAGGAUGAUCCAGGAUCUUCAGAUAUUUGCAAUAAUAUUUACAUCGAGAGUCUAUGAGGAGUUAGCAAGGACUAUUAGAAAGGCACUUAUUUCUAGGCGCAAGAACGCAUAUCUCCUGUUUCUAAAAGACCUUUCCUAUGAAAGAAUGAUAACCAUAGAGGGGACUGAGUGCAUUGUGAUUGUGGAUUGCCCGCUCUUUGAAUGCAACCUUGAGCUGCACAUUCCUAUUGUGACUCCCUUUGAGGUCGAAUAUGCGUUUUCCGGAGAGUGGAAAAGAUUCGACAAAAAUUCAUUUUCUAUCGAGCCAGAGCCCAAAAGCGAUUGCACAGAAAUUGAUCUUGUUGGCAGGGCAGGAAGGAUUCUGCUUAAGUCUGAAGGACAAAACGUUCCUUACUGUUAUGGCGAGGAGGAUAUGUCCAUCCAUAAUGGGGAGAGCGGGAUUCCAUGCAGAUAUGAUAGCGAGGGGAUAUAG